AUGGGAAGAGCGUUUGUGUACGUGAUACUUGGGGGAGGAGUCGCAGCUGGAUAUGCAGCUCUUGAAUUCGUCAAGAAAGGUGUCUCUCAUGGUGAACUCUGCAUCAUCUCUGAAGAAGCUGUUGUGCCUUAUGAGAGACCUGCAUUAAGCAAAGGUUUUUUACUACCAGAAGAUCCUGCACGCCUCCCUUCAUUUCACACUUGUGUUGGUUCCAAUGAGGAAAGGUUAACUCCAAAAUGGUACAAGGAAAAUGGAAUCGAACUGGUUAUUGGAACUCGAGUGAAGUCUGCUGAUGUGAGGCGGAAGACGUUGUUGACAGCAACAGGAGAAACUAUAAGCUACCAGAUUCUCAUCAUUGCAACAGGUGCUCGGGCUUUGAAGCUUGAGGAGUUUGGAGUGACUGGUUCAGAUGCUGAAAAUGUGUGUUAUUUACGCGAUUUGGCUGAUGCAACGAGGCUCGUCAAUGUGAUGCAAUGCUGUAGUGGUGGAGAUGCUGUUGUCAUCGGUGGUGGCUACAUAGGAAUGGAAUGUGCUGCAUCUUUAGUGAUAAAUAAGAUAAAUGUCACCAUGGUUUUCCCAGAGGCACAUUGCAUGGCUCGUUUAUUUACAUCGAAGAUUGCAAGUUACUAUGAAGACUUUUACAAGUCUAAAGGAGUGAAGUUUAUCAAAGGAACUGUCUUGUCAUCAUUUGAUUUCAACCCUGUUGGGAAGGUUACAGCAGUUAACCUUAGGGAUGGAAGUCGUCUCCCUGCUGAUAUGGUUGUGGUUGGAAUUGGUAUCCGCCCUAACACAAGCCUGUUUGAAGGCCAACUCACGCUUGAGAAGGGAGGAAUCAAAGUGAAUGGGCGGUUGCAGUCAAGCAACAGCUCUGUCUAUGCUGUUGGGGAUGUUGCAACAUUUCCAGUCAAACUUUUUGGGGAAACCCGUAGGCUUGAGCAUGUUGACUCAGCCCGAAAGUCAGCAAAACAUGUUGUUGCUGCAAUAAUGGAACCAGACAAGAUAGGCGAAUUUGACUACCUGCCAUUCUUCUACUCCAGAGUCUUCACACUGUCUUGGCAGUUUUAUGGAGAUGGUGUCGGGGAAGUUGUUCAUUUUGGGGAUUUCUCGGGAAAUACAUUUGGGGCUUACUGGGUAAGUAAGGGUCAUCUUAUCGGAUCUUUUCUUGAAGGAGGAACCAAAGAGGAGUAUGAGGCUAUAGCUAAGGCCACCAGGAUGAUGCCAGCCAUUGAAGACUUGGCUGAGCUGGAAAGGCAGGGUUUGGGGUUUGCUUUGACAGCAAGUCAGAAACCACAACCAUCCCCAUCUCUUGAUGUUAGUUGUGGUACUGGCCUAGUCCUGGAGAAACCAAUAUAUGCUUGGCAUGCAACGGCUGGUGUGGUUGUGGCUGCAUCAAUAGCUGCUUUCGCAUAUUGGUAUGGAAGGAGGCAUCGGAGGUGGUAA